AUGCCCCAGUUCUUCUUGCUUGUACUCAUCCUCCUGCUGCUCGAGGACGCGGGAGCCCAGCUAGGUGAGUGGUCCCGGGGGAGUGCGGGGGCAGCUUGGGGCGCCCCUCUCCCGGCCUUAAGCCGGAUCUGCAGGCGGCGCCGGGGAGUCUGGCUCUUUCUACAGGUUAGGAAUCAUGGCUCCGGCAAUCUGAAAGGCUUGCAGCUUCAACACCUGAGAGAUUCUGGGAUUUUCCCUAUUGUACAAGGUGAUGGAUGUGGAUACACCCUACUAGGCCCGGAAAGUGGAACCCUUACAUCUAUAAACUACCCGCACACCUAUCCCAACAGCACUGUUUGCGAAUGGGAGAUCCGCGUAAAGGUGGGAGAGAGAGUGCGCAUCAAAUUCGGUGACUUUGACAUUGAAGAUUCUGAUUCUUGUCACUUUAAUUACUUAAGAAUUUAUAAUGGAAUUGGAGUCAGCAGAACUGAAAUAGGUAGGAAACCUCUUUUUUUACAAGAGUUCCAAGACAAUUAUGGGAACGUCAUGUAUUAUGUGAAGGUCACCAAAAAAUCCUCUCUCUCUUUCAGGGGACACUUAUCUACAAGUCUUUUUACAUUUAAGACAAGUGGUUGCUAUGGAACGUUGGGGAUGGAAUCUGGUGUAAUCGCUGACCCUCAGAUCACUGCAUCAUCUGUGCUGGAGUGGACUGACCACACGGGGCGAGAGAACAGCUGGAAACCUGAAAAAGCCAGGCUGAAGAAACCUGGACCCCCCUGGGCUCCUUUUGCCACUGAUGAGUAUCAGUGGCUACAGAUAGAUCUGAAUAAAGAAAAGAAGAUAACAGGCAUCAUAACCACUGGAUCCACCAUGGUGGAGCACAAUUACUAUGUGUCUGCCUACAAAAUUCUGUACAGUGAUGAUGGGCAGAAAUGGACUGUGUACAGAGAGCCUGGUGUGGAGCAAGAUAAGAUAUUUCAAGGAAACAAAGAUUAUCACCAGGAUGUGCGUAAUAACUUUUUGCCACCAAUUAUUGCACGUUUUAUUAGAGUGAACCCUAUCCAGUGGCAGCAGAAAAUUGCCAUGAAAGUGGAACUGCUUGGAUGUCAGUUUAUUCCUAAAGGUCGUCCUCCAAAAUUUACUCAAGCUCCACCUCCUCGGAACAGCAAUGACCUCAAAAAUACCACAGCCCCUCCAAAAAUAGCCAAAGGUCAUGCCCCCAAAUUUACUCACCCACUACAACCUCGAAGUGGCAAUGAAUUCCCUGCACAGACGGAACAAACAACUGCCUCUCCAGAUAUCAAAAACACCACUGUAACUCCAGACGUAACCAAAGAUGUAGCGUUGGCAGCAGUCCUUGUCCCUGUGUUAGUCAUGGUGCUCACCACCCUCAUUCUUAUUUUAGUGUGUGCUUGGCAUUGGAGAAACAGAAAGAAAAAAACUGAAGGCACCUAUGACUUACCUUACUGGGACCGGGCAGGGUGGUGGAAAGGAAUGAAGCAGUUCCUCCCUGCCAAAUCAGUGGAACACGAGGAAACCCUGGUUCACUACAGCAGUAGCGAAGUUAAUCACUUGAGCCGCCCAAGAGAGGUCAGCACAGUGCUGCAGACUGAUGCUGCAGAGUAUGCACAACCACUUGUGGGAGGAAUUGUUGGCACACUUCAUCAGAGAUCUACCUUUAAACCAGAAGAAGGAAAAGAAGCAGGCUAUGCUGACCUGGAUCCCUAUAACUCACCGGUGCAAGAGGUUUACCAUGCCUAUGCCGAACCACUCCCUAUUACUGGGCCCGAGUAUGCAACCCCGAUCGUCAUGGAUAUGUCGGGGCACCCUGCGGCCUCAGUUGGUCUGCCCUCAACGUCCACUUUCAAAGCCACAGGGAACCAGCCUCCCCCUUUAGGGGGAACUUACAACACCCUUCUCUCCAGGACGGACAGCUGCUCCUCUGCCAGGGCCCAGUAUGACACCCCGAAAGGCGGGAAGCCAGGUCCAGGUGCCCCAGAUGAGUUGGUGUACCAGGUGCCGCAGAGCACGCAAGAAGUAUCAGGAGCAGGGAGGGAGGGUGAAUGUGAUGUUUUUAAAGAAAUCCUUUGAAGGUGAUGCUGCUUUUUACAAAGCAUCUUUUUAAAGCACAUGGCCUUUUUUUGUAUUAGUGGUAGUAAUAUAUAGAAUGUAUUACGUUAUCUGUCACUGAAGUGGUUGAGGAAAAUGUGAUAACCGAGGUACAGGAAACUACUAAUCUUGCCAUCUUGCUUUGAAGAUAUAACUAUGGCACAGUUACUGCUUGCCUGUUAAAUUCCAAACAUCACGUUUGUUACUACUGUAAAACACUAUUUUUAAUACAGAAAAAGUUUUCUAUAAUGCACUUCAAAGAAAUUAAGAAUCACUGAGAGAAAGUAUUUAUUACCAGUGCUGCAGGUACAUUAUGAACUCUAGAGAUGGCGCUAAGCCUGUCUGGCAAUAAUGCAUGGUACUGUUCUUGAACUAUCUAAAGGCUUGAAAUUCUGCUCUUUGUGAGAGGUGGGUACUAUCAUGAUAUUUUCCUUUUCUAUUCCUAGAUUGCUUCCUAGAUUUAUUUUUUUAAAGAAUUAUAAUUUGUGAUAUCAUUGUUUUGUUGGCAGUCAUAUACAGUUCUCUAUUUUUCAUUAGGAAGCUUGUUAGCUGGGAGCUUCUGGCUUGUAAUGAGCAGGGUGACUGAUUUUUUUCACUUCUUGACACUCUUAAGAGCUUUAACACUUCAUGGUACAUGAUCUGGUUUCAUCCCUGCUCAUUCUGCCUGGGGCACUUGGUGGCCAGAACCAUUCUUGUGUUUAUAAAAUACUUGUUUUGAGUUUUUUCAGUGGCUGACACUUGCUUUUAUCAACUUGCUCAACCUCAUGAAUUCAGAUCCUCUAAUAGGGGUAGGCAGUUCGAGCCUACCCAGUGGCUUUGAGAGAGGAAGACCUGGUAAUCUGCUUCUGUAAAGAAUAUAGCCUUGGAAACCUUAUGAGGCAGUUCUACUCUGUCUUACAGGGUCACUAUGAGUCAGAAUCAACUCAGUGGCAAUGGUCUUGGAUAAUAUCUUAAAGUAUACUUCUCAAUAUGUGAAAACAGGAACAACUUUAAUUUAGAAACACUAUAAAGGGGAUUCCUUCCCACCCACACCACCCCAACUUUAUUUGCAAUGGGAUUUUUCCUAGACGAGUUAUGAAAAGUUAAAGUCGGUUAAGUGACUGCUUGUGAACAUGACUCAUUCAUGUUUAUCACAAUGAAAGGCAAGAUCAUUCACUCAGAAAUAAUAUAAAAAAAUAACAGCCAGAGUUUGUCUUUGGUUUUAUAUAUAAAGUUUUCUUUGAGUCUCAAAGUAUUUUUAGAAAACUUUUAAUUAGUUGAAUAAAUAAUUUUUAAUUUCAGUUUUCUAUAGUAAACUAUUAUAAGAAAUAUAAAUUAAACAUGUAUUCUUCAGUUGUGCCUGAUUCUACCCUACUUCUGUGUGGUGAGAGGCAAGAGGAGCCUUUUAUGUCAUACUCUUAGGGAACAGAUAUUACAGCAUCCUAGCAAAAGGAUCCUAUUUUAGUAGUCAUGUCUUGUGUUUGAUACCUCCUAGCAACUUCUCUGUCACAGUUCAUUACUUGCCGCUGAAUUAGUUUUAGAUAGGGUGAAAUAGAAAUCAUCUGUAAUUUAUUGUAGUGUUAAAAAAGGAGUCCCCUGGUGGUUCAACAGUUAAGCACUCGGCUGCUAUCCGAAAGGUUGGUGGUUUGAACGUAGCCAGUGGCUCUGCGGGAGAAAGACAUGGCGUUUUGCUUCCCUAAAGAUUACAGCCUAGAAAACCCUAUGUGGCAGUUCUACUCUGUCACACAGAGUCACUAUGAGUCAAAAAUCAACUUGACUGCACCCAGCAACAAUGUAGUGUAAAAACGUCUUUAAAAGUCUUGAGACUGGCAAGAUGAUAUAAGUCGACCAUAUAAUAGAAAUAUAUAAAUUUGACACCCCCUCUUCCAUACUACCUUAGUUUGUCAACAUAGUGUUAAAAUGUACUUUCCCAUCAGAUUCUAGUCAUUUCUGCUGGCCUGUGCCACCAGAUUAUGCUAUUGUCAAAAUUUACGAAAUGUGAAUAAAGAUGAACAGUAUUGGUUUUGCUUGAUUGCACAGGUAUAUCAGUAUUCUAAAACAUUGCCUCCAAAAUAGAA